AGAAGAAUGGCGGUUGCCGGAAGUAGCUUCGUUGCGUCUUUAUAUUUACUUCUUUUCGACCAACACUGCUGACAUUAACGGCUCACCUUUAUGGAAUUAAAACAUCAUUACUUUUGUACAGCCUUCAAAUUAAGAGCGGAAGUCAGCUGAGUCAUGGAGCGCAGCCUGCACGUCAGCUGCCUUUCCUUCCGCCAGCCUUUCGCGGGGUUCCUUCUGGACGGAAAAAAGACGCUGGAAAGCCGCUGGAGGCCGCUGCUCGCUCCGCUGGAGGGCGCCACCAUGGCGGUCCACGUCGCCUGGCGGGACUGGGACGGCGAGGAGUGGCGGGAGGUUCUGGGCGGUCCGAUGGGGAUGGACCAAGACCACAUCCACACGCUGCUGGAGUCCGGAGAGAGGUUCGGCCGUGGCGUGGUGGCAGGUGAGCCAAGAUGGCGUCCCCUCUUGCUACUUAGUUGAGGUCAUAGACAUGUUAUAAGUAGACGCAGCAUUGGCUGCUG